CGCCGCGCCCCCGGGCUGCCCGCGGCCAAAGUGCCCGGCGCCUCCCGCGCGUCCCAGACCUCGAGCGCGAGCAGCGGCGGCCGCCGAAGCGCGGGUGGUGCCGGCGGGAGCGCGGGGCAGGAGGAGGCGGGGAAGAUGGACCCGGCGCCCUCGCUGGGCUGUAGCCUCAAGGAUGUGAAGUGGAGCUCGGUGGCCGUUCCGCUUGACCUGCUGGUCAGCACUUACCGGCUGCCCCAGAUCGCGCGGCUGGACAGCGGAGAAUGCAUAGAAGGGCUGCGGGAAAACGACUACCUUCUGAUUCAUUCGUGCCGUCAGUGGACAACCAUCACUGCCCAUAGUCUGGAGGAGGGGCACUAUGUCAUUGGGCCAAAGAUAGAGAUUCCGGUACAUUAUGCAGGACAAUUCAAGCUGCUGGAACAAGACCGAGAUAUAAAGGAGCCAGUGCAAUAUUUCAACAGUGUGGAGGAGGUGGCUAAAGCAUUUCCUGAACGCGUGUACGUCAUGGAGGAAAUAACAUUCAACGUGAAGGUUGCUUCGGGUGAGUGCAAUGAAGACACCGAAGUUUACAACAUCACCCUGUGUACUGGGGACGAACUCACUCUAAUGGGGCAGGCAGAAAUCCUUUACGCAAAAACUUUCAAGGAAAAGUCUCGACUCAACACAAUCUUCAAAAAGAUUGGGAAGCUCAAUUCCAUCAGCAAGCUGGGGAAAGGCAAAAUGCCAUGUCUCAUUUGCAUGAAUCACCGGACCAAUGAAAGCAUUAGCCUUCCCUUCCAGUGCAAGGGCAGAUUUAGCACCCGAAGUCCCCUGGAACUGCAGAUGCAGGAGGGCGAACACACCAUCCGAAACAUCGUGGAGAAAACCAGGCUUCCUGUGAAUGUGACCGUGCCCAGCCCCCCACCCAGGAACCCCUACGACCUCCACUUCAUCCGCGAGGGGCACCGCUACAAGUUUGUGAACAUCCAGACCAAGACAGUGGUGGUUUGCUGCGUCCUGCGGAAUAACAAGAUCCUCCCCAUGCACUUCCCUUUGCACUUGACUGUCCCCAAGUUCAGCCUCCCAGAACACCUGGUGAAGGGGGAGGUAUGGCCCGAAACCCUGGUUCAUCACUGGCUGGGUAUCUGCCAAGAGCAGUUUGAUAUCGAUGAGUAUUCACGGGCUGUCCGGGAUGUGAAAACCGACUGGAAUGAGGACUGUAAGAGCCCCAAAAAGGGCCGGUGCUCUGGCCACAACCACGUGCCCAAUUCCCUUAGCUAUGCUCGCGAUGAGCUCACCCAGUCUUUCCACCGGCUCUCGGUCUGUGUGUAUGGUAACAACCUCCAUGGCAACAGCGAGGUGAACCUCCAUGGCUGCAGGGACCUAGGGGGAGAGUGGGCCCCCUUUCCUCAUGACAUCCUGCCCCAUCAGGACUCGGGGGAUAGUGGGAGUGACUACCUUUUCCCAGAAUCGAAUGAAGAGUCAGCGGGCAUCCCAGGGAAGUCGGAACUUCCUUAUGAAGAGCUGUGGCUGGAGGAAAGCAAUCCCAGCCAUCCGCCCCUCACUCGCUCCCUGAGUGAGAAGAGCAGAUGUGAUCAGUUUAGAGGUUCUGUCCGGUCCAAAUGUGCAACUUCUCCACUUCCUGUUUCUGGAAUUCUGGGAGCAGCGAUGAAGUCUUCAGAGAUCGCCCUACCUCCACCUCCAGUGCCUCCCAAAUCGGAAGCUGUCAGGGAAGAGUGCCGGCUCCUGAACGCCCCACCUGUUCCACCCCGAAGUGCAAAGCCUUUGUCCACCAGUCCCUCCAUCCCUCCUCGCACAGUCAAGCCAGCGCGGCAGCAGACUCGCUCUCCCAGCCCCACCUUGUCCUACUAUUCUUCAGGGCUGCACGACAUCAGCGUUACUAAAAGUGAAACAAGUCCCUCUGAAAGUGCUCCUGUUUCCUGCUAUCCCUGUCACCGAGUGAAAACUGACUCUGUGGACCUGAAGUCCCCAUUGGGAAGUCCUUCUGCGGACGUGCUCUCCUCCAGGCUUUCGUGGCCUAACCAUUAUUCAGGAGCGUCGGAGAGCCAGACCAGGAGUGACUUCCUACUGGAUCCCAGCCGGAGUUACAGUUACCCUAGACAGAAGACGCCAGGCACACCAAAGAGAAAUUGCCCAGCCCCUUUUGAUUUCGAAGGCUGCGAGCUCUCGGCCAGCCCCACCAGCUCGGUCACUGCAGAAUUCGGUAGCAGUGUCUCCACUUGUCCCAAGUCAGCCAGCUACUCUCUGGAGAGCACAGAUGAGAAAACUCUUGCAGCGGGCACGACAAAGCAGAGUAUGUCAUGCCCCGCGUUACCCCCCAGGGCCCCAAAACCAGUGGAAGAGAAAGUCGCCUCUGAAACUUCUCAUUUGCCUCUGAAAAUCGAUGGUGCUGAGGAAGACCCCAAGUCUGGGUCACCGGACCUCUCUGAGGACCAGUAUUUUGUUAAAAGGGGCCUGCAGGACAUCUUCUCAGUCUCUUACCCUUUCUCCUCUCCGCUCCACCUCCAGCUGGCCCCCAGGUCCUGCGGGGAUGGCUCCCCAUGGCAGCCCCCUGCUGACCUGUCGGGACUCUCUAUAGAAGAAGUGUCCAAGUCAUUACGGUUUAUUGGUUUGUCUGAAGAUGUCAUAUCCUUUUUUGUUACGGAAAAGAUUGAUGGGAAUUUGCUUGUUCAACUAACAGAAGAAAUCCUCUCAGAGGAUUUCAAAUUAAGCAAACUACAAGUGAAGAAAAUCAUGCAAUUCAUUAAUGGCUGGAGGCCCAAAAUAUAGCCAAAUAACGCCAGCUAGCAUUGAACAAAACUGAUAAAUUUGUGUGCUAGAAGAGGUGGGCUGGGACACAGUUUCAUGUUUUUUUGCACUAAAAACCUUCUCUGUAUAUAGGGAUAAGAGAAACUCUUACUAUGCAGAUUACGUUUUUGAAUGGUGAACAGGCUAUUUUGUACAUCAAUAAAAAUGUUGUACAGAACACUUAAAGGUGUGCCUUGUACAUCACUCAAUACUCAAUAGCUGCUAAAAGACAGAAGGCAUGUUCAGAGAACUAAUUCUUACCCACGUAGGUUUAUGCGAGAAGGUAUGAUAUUUAUUUCAAACUAGCCAAAGCUGAAAGACAUAAGCAUCUUUAAAAAA